AUGAGGGCGUGCCUCGCGCCGGCUUAUGGCACUAACGAGACGGUUAUUAGGGUGGAUGAGUACGUGGCGAGGGAGGGUCGUGACGUGGCAAUCGAUCACAUUGUGUGUGUUUCGGACCACACAUGUCUCGCCAACUGGGCCAGGGCUGGAACAGCAGGAGCCCGCUCGUGGUUGAGCGCCUGCCAGACUUUUCAAAGGCGACUGAGGAGUAUUCCAAGUUCCCCUGGGUGA